AGAGAACUAAAGAAGUAGUAGCAGCAGCAAAACACCUAAGUACUUUCGAAUCCAUACUCUCUCAGUUCUCACUUCCCUCUUGUCUUCCGCCAUCUUCACUUCAACCUCAAAGUUCUAUCCCUACUAGUCUACUUACUACUCUUCGGUUUCAUGGUCGUCACGACAGAGAAAGACCCACCCAUUCUUCCUUGUACAUUUUGCUUCUCACUUUCAUACACCACCAUCGUUAUAAUACUAAGAUAACAAUCCACCCAUUAUUGCUCUCUUUCAAGAAAAGACCAUUAAUAAAUUUAUUGUUCUUACUGUUUCUCCAGCGCCUCUAAGGUAGUUUUCAAGGAGUUGUGUUUUUGCUGCCAUGGAUACUUAUGAAGCUACUAAGGUAGUUUUCUCCAGAAUCCAAACCUUGGACCAUGAAAAUGCCUCGAAAAUCAUGGGCUACCUUCUCUUGCAAGAUUACGGUGAGAAAGAGAUGAUACGCUUGGCCUUUGGACCAGACAUCAAUCUUAAGAAUCUUAUCCUUAAAGCCAAAACCCAUUUGGGACUGCCCUCAAACUCCAUAGCCUCUUCACCCUCUACACUUUCCUCACCUUCUACCUUCAAACACAUCUCAAGGCCCAACCCUUUGUCCCUCUCCACCACCUCCGCGUCCAGAAACACAGCUAAUGGCAUUGACGUCUCAAAACCAUCUUCCCCUUCUCCAAACCCUUGGCCUCGUACUGGCUUUUCCAGUACUACUCCUUCUCUCUCUUACGCCAGUGUUGUUAAAGAAACCAGUGAUAUUGGUCCCGGCUCAUUUUUAUCUUCUGCAUUGCCCUAUAACUCUAGUGACCUCAUUGAUGACUACCCACUUCAAGAUCAUCUUGCUUUUCUCAAUGACUCUAAGAUCGAUGACUUGCUCGACCCGCGGCUGGAUUUGACCGUGAAGCCGAGAUCUUAUGCUGAAUCCCCGUUCCACACCCGAAGCUAUUUGGCUCCUGCAGGUGUGUCUUCGGGGUUGGAAGACGCAAGCUCUGGGCUUGGAUGGAAACCAUGCCUGUAUUUCGCCAGAGGGUUUUGUAAAAAUGGCAGCAGUUGCCGUUUUCUUCACACUGAUUCCUUGGAUACUGCUGCUAUUGUUGGUUCGCCUAGCAAACUCAACGAAUUAGAACAGUGCCAAGAGUUUCUUAGAUCAAAGGCUGCCCACCAGCAAAAGCUAACCACGGCGUCGCAGUUCAUGGUCGGAGCUUCUUACCCUUACGACAAGUGCCUGAGUCUUCUGUUGCAACAACAAAAUGAUACCCAGAGCAGAUCGGCAGCAGGAGCAGCGUUGAUGAUAGGGGAUGAACUUCACAAGUUUGCGCGCUACCGGUCUGAAAGGAAUGAUUUUUCGUCCAUGGGUUUGGGAGGAAUGGUGAAUCCAGGCUCCAGACAGAUUUACUUGACAUUCCCAGCUGACAGCACUUUCAGAGAAGAAGAUGUUUCCAACUACUUCAGCAUUUACGGACCUGUGCAAGAUGUGAGGAUUCCAUACCAGCAAAAGCGAAUGUUUGGAUUUGUUACGUUCGUUUACCCGGAGACAGUGAAGAUUAUUUUAGCGAAAGGGAACCCUCAUUUUGUUUGUGAUUCCCGUGUGCUUGUUAAGCCUUACAAGGAGAAGGGAAAGAUACCUGACAAGAAGCAACAACAGCAGCAUCAGUUGGAGAGGGGAGAGUAUUCACUGUGUUCAAGUCCAUCGGGGCUUGAUUCUAGAGAGCCACUUGACCUCCACUUUGGAGCAAGAAUGUUUUAUGAUACUCAAGAAAUGUUGGGAAGGAAACUGGAGGAACAGGCUGAUCUGCAGCAAGCCAUUGAACUACAAGGGAGAAGGCUGAAGAAUCUGCAACUUUUGGACUUGAAGAAUCAUUGUUAUCAUCCUCAUCAAUAUCAUCACAAUUUAUCUCUUGGGUCCCCCAUUCCCUCGCCAACUCUAACUCAGGCUCCUAACAGUCAAGCCCUCGUUCUUCCAACUGUUGGUAUAGAUCAAAUAGUCCCAACAGAGAAAAACGAUGAUCUAGGCGCAGGCACUUCUCAAACUGUUGCCGUUGAUGCUCGUCGGCAGCUGCAGCAGGAAGUGAAUCCGGCUAGUAGUAAUGGCAAUGCUGAUAGCAAUAGCAUGAGCAAGGAGGAGAAAUCGUAUCCUAAAGAAAGUGACCUCCCUGAAAGCCUAGAGCACAGCCUCCCUGAUAGCCUCUUUGUUUGUCCUAAAAAAUCAGCUGGUGACCAAUUCACUGCCCUUUCCUUUGCUUCCGCUAAAGCCGAUGAGACCACAAUUGCUUCGUCUUCUUCUAAUAACAACUCAAUGCUGCCCACCACUUCCCCACUCGCCAUGGCUUCUCUGAAAACUGUUUUCUCCAAAUGCCCAGGUUUCCUUUUGGGCAUGGAAUGUAGUUGACAGGGCCUGAGCAUGGCCUGCAAGGUUGUGUUUUGACUAUGCUAGUAAGAGAUCAUCCGCCUUUUGGACCUUGGAUCCUAGGAAUCCAAGCAUAUAAUUUACUGAAUUUAUAGUCAGAUGGGUCUUUUAUUCUGUUUGGCUCAUAUGUUUGUAUAUGCAGAAAGGUUUUAGGAGCCCAAACUAAGGAAGAAAAAUCCUCUAGCAGCCAAAAGUCAUUACCUACGUCAAAGAAACUUGUAGACAAAGAUCUCAGGAUAUCACCAUCCUCGUUUCAUUAUCAUCAUCAAGCAAUAUUAGUCAUACUACUUACAAUUAAUACAUAAGGCAUACGCAGAAGGACAGAUGCGAACUGAUUUAUGGGAGUGGGGUCUUUCUCUUUCCUUACUUUAUACACUCUCUACAGGUGCUUGCUGGACCACAGCAUUAAUAGAAGAAAGGAUAGUUUGUAA